AUGGCUACUGAUAAUUUAACAUGGCACGAAGGAUCAGUUUCAUCUGAAGAACGAGAGAAAUUAUUAGGACAAAAAGGCUUUACAAUUUGGUUAACAGGAUUAUCUGCAUCAGGUAAAUCUACUAUAGCAUGUGCAUUAGAACAACACUUGUUACAUUUGGGAUUAGCAAGUUAUCGACUUGAUGGAGAUAAUAUCAGAUUAGGAUUAAACAAAGGUUUGGGAUUUGGACCUAAAGAUCGCGAGGAAAACAUUCGUAGAAUAGCUGAGGUAGCAAAGUUGUUUGCAGAUUCUACAACUAUUGCUAUUACUUCAUUUAUAUCACCUUAUAGAAAUGAUCGUGAUGCUGCUAGAAAAUUACAUGAUGAAUCAGGAAUUCCUUUUAUUGAAGUUUUCGUUGAUGCAUCUAUUGAAAUUGUUGAACAACGAGAUCCAAAAGGAUUAUAUAAAAAGGCAAGAGCCGGUGAUAUAAAAGAAUUUACCGGUAUUUCUGCUCCUUAUGAAAUACCAUUAUCACCUGAAAUUCAUAUUAAUACAGAUAAACUUGGAAUUGCUGAAAGUACUAUUGUUGAUUAUUUAACUGAUAAAGAAUAUUUAAAUCUAAAAAAAAAGUAA